GAAUCACGAUCGGCGCGCGUCCCACCGAACCCUGAGUAAAGUGUCGCCCGUCCGCCUCGCGGGGACCCCCGCUUUGGGUUUGACCACCCGGCCACCAUGGAGAGCCUUGUGCAUUACACUAAUCCUUCCCAUGCCCUCUCAGUGUUAGGGAUUCUCAAUGAGCAGCGUAUGAGGGGCCAGAUGUGUGACACAGUCCUGGUGGUGGGGGACCAGAGAUAUCAGGCUCACAGGAGUGUUCUGGCUUCCAGCAGUGAGUAUUUCCAGUCCCUGUUCACACAAGCGGAUGCAGAAGCCCUGAGAGUUGUGCACUUGGACUUCUGUGAACCUGAUGCAUUUGAAAUAGUUCUGAACUACAUUUAUUCCUCCUCACUCUUUGUGGACAAAGGUAGUCUGGCAGCAAUCCAAGAACUGGGCUACAGCCUAGGAAUCCCCUUUCUUACCAACAUUGUAUCGACAAGGCCACAUGUGUCCUACUGUGUCUCCAGAAAAAGGCUGUCCUUUUCUGAAGAGGAUGAAAAUGACAGUCAGAUGAGGAGUGUCAUCGUUUGUCGGGUCCAAAGUGACACAUCUCUCCCCAUCUGCACAAAUUUGGAAAGAAAAGAAUCUGAGGGGUCGUCACCCUUCUCUACUAGAGAACUUGCUCAGUCUACCUUUGAACAGUACUCACAAGAAUCAGUCAAAGACUCUGAAUCCAUCAUCAGAAAACCAGUUGAAAUGAGUAAGGAUUCUAAACAAAAACCCACCUAUCCAUACAGCUCCAUACUAAAAGGCAGUUCAUUACAUGGUACAUCAGAGAGGCCACAGCUCCAAUCAUCAGUGUCUUUCAGUGAUGCAGAUACUCAGCACAUGAGGUUACAGUCUGGCACUGACCUUGCUGCUAAAGAGGAGGAGGAAGAGUCCCUCUACCAAACCAAAGUGCCCUUUCAGGGGAAGAUGUGUGUUCCAAGCCAGACAAUUGACAGAAGUGGGCCACUCAUAAAAAGCCUUCUGCGUAGAUCGUUGUCCAUGGACAGCCCUGUCCCAGUCUUCUCACCCACGCUUGAGCUCAAGGAACUGCAAAACCGUGAACAGUCGGUUGUUAAAAUGAUAUCAAAGGCAUCAGAAGUGCCAGAGCACAAUGGCAGCUCAAAAACAGCAUCUCCACUGGCCCUCAGGUCAAAGCACCCCAGCAAGUAUGAUGAAAAAGAAACUCAGGUGGAAGGAGAGGUGCAAGUGAAAGCUGAACCCAGCAGUCCUCUUGCUGACCCUUUGGAGAUUAUUCGAAUCACUGUUGGGGACACUUUACCUGUCAGUCUCAAAGAUUUUCAAACCAAUUAUGACCAGGGUCCUAGGCCUGACUUCAGUUCCUUUGGGAAAAGGAAGGGCAGGUCAGACAACAGAAGAUACCCAUUCAAGAAGACCAGAGGAUUUAAUGAACAUCAUCUCUCCCAUGGUGACAACGUGCCAGAAACAAUGCCUCAGAACACUGGCAUGGAUGGUAAUGAUAACACUGGGGAAUCACGGCAGAUAUUUAAAUGCUGGAACUGUUUGAAGGUGUUUCGAUCCAAUGCUGGACUGCAUCGCCAUGUGAACAUGUAUCACAACCCCGAAAAGCCCUAUGCUUGUGACAUCUGCCACAAGCGUUUCCACACCAACUUCAAAGUCUGGACACACUGCCAAACUCAGCAUGGCAUAGUACAGAACCCAGCUUCGUCCUCCAGCUCUGUAUUGGAUGAAAAGUUUCAGAAGAAGUUAAUUGAUAUUGUUCGAGAGAGAGAAAUAAAGAAAGCUUUACUUUGGAAGCUCAAGAGGAAUAAGCAGGGUUUGCAGUCUCCUUCACUUACCAAAAAGAGGUCAAGAACUAGCUUCAUAUGCCCUUACUGUGGGAAAGGAUUUUUGUUCCAGUCACAGUACAAACAGCACUUGAGAACCCACCCUGCUGAAAAAGCUGACCAGGAUAAAGAAAGAGAGAGUGUCCUCCUUCAGAAAGAGGAUGGAAUCAUUGAGCAGAAAAAGGACUCAGAUCCUGAUUUUUACUGCUGUAGGCUUUGCAGUUUGAAGCUGUCCUCACUUGUUGAGCAGGGUAACCACGAGAUGGGGUGUCGGCAUGCAACUGUAUGCCCAUACUGUGGUCUUCGAUUCUCAAGUUCCACGGUCAAGAAAAACCAUGAAGCACAUUGUAAGUACAAGAAACUGACAUGCCUGGAGUGCAUGCGGACCUUUAAGUCCUCCUUCAGCAUAUGGCGCCACCAAGUAGAGGUACACAACCACAACAUGAUGACUGUUAAAGACCAGAUGAGCCUAAAGCAACAAGAGAACAGAGAAGUGGUGUCUGACAUUCUUCAACAGGGGCAUUACAGUGACAAACCUAUAGCAACUGGAAACUCUAGAGAGAAUAUUCUUUACAGUGACUCAUCAGGUCCACCCAUGUAUGAUUCAGAAGACUCGUCAUCUUAUGUGCCUGAGGACCUGAGUUUGAGCAAUCAGGGCAAGCUGGUAGUGAAAGAGGAGCCCAUGGAAGAGGCUGUUAGCGAGAGGGAUAAUGUAGAGUCCACCAAAGCUGGGUUUGAGGAACCAGGUGUGUGGCCUUGUGAGAAAUGUGGCAACCUUUUCAGCUCUCACAAAGAUCUGGAAAGGCAUCAAGAGCUGCUAUGCCACAUAAAACCCUUCAUUUGUCACAUCUGCAACAAAGCCUUCAGAACCAACUUCCGCCUUUGGAGCCACUUCCAGUCCCACAUGUCAACUGCGGAUGAAGCUGGAGUCAAAGAAGUUGACAGACGCCCUUCAUCGCCAUCUCCUUCACCACCCCUGGCGCUUCAAAUCUCUGGACGUCCCUCCCCACAGGCCUCUGUGACUAAACCAGCUCAGACGGUGCCAGUGGCUGCAUCAGCACCACCAGCAGCAGCAGCAGAUAAGCCUGAUAGUCCAGAGCCUGGUGGCUCAUCAGUAGCUAAGACCAAGACGCCUGAUGUAGAUGGGCAGCACAGCAGUCACAGUCCUCUGUCAAAGUCAAACAGCGUGGACAAUCCGGCUGCUCCUCAGGAAUCAGAUACACUCUUUUAUCAUGCACCCACUCUUUCUGUCCUGACAUUUAAGAGGCAGUACAUGUGUAAACUCUGUCACAGAACUUUCAAGACUGCCUUUAGUCUGUGGAGCCACGAACAGAGUCAUGGCCACCUGUAAGCAGCAAUCAAAUUCAAUUAGUACAUUUUUCCCGUGAGACAGUACUAAAUAUUAGAAUAACACACCUCAGCCUACCCCUAAAGAAAGAAUUUGAAUGUAUAUCCAAUUUGCUUGCCUCCAUGUCAUGUAUUCAAGUGGUUAUGUGCAUUAGAGGUGUGACCGUGAAUGUGUGCAAUUAAUAGUUAAUUUUCUCCUCAUUAGAUGAGUUGAUAAGUGGUUUCUUUUACUUUGAAAUUAACUAUAAUCAUUUAUUUGUUUGAGACUUCCUUUAACUUUUUGCUUCUAUUCAUCUAUUUAGUUGUUUUGAUGAAACAAGUGCUUUAAUUAGGAGGAUGUGGUAACAUUCGAUAUCGAAGUGUUUUUGCUCUCGCAUAAGGUAUGUUUAGGUCUUGGUGUGUGUGAAAUCACAAACAUUUAUUAGUGGCCUACUCAGAUGUGUAAUCCUGCACUUUGGUGAACUAUUUAAUUUUACAAUAUAUAUUGAGGGAUAUACAAUCUAAAAUGUUUGCUUAUUUUGUUUUCGGAAGAGAGGUUUUUGUCUAUAGAACAAGAAAUUAUGAAUAUUAGGUUGUAUUUUGUCUUUAGUAGCCUGUUAUUUUCAAUUUGAAUAGAUUUUCUGGCUCUCCAGUGAAGAUAUUUUCUUACACAUUGUUUAAUUAAUAUUUUUGUGUCAUUUCACAUUGGGUGGAUUGUAGAAUUGAAUGAACCCUUAAGUAUGUUGAAUGAAGUCAAAAUCUAUUGUUCAGACACGUGGGUUACCUGCUGCUUAAGGCACAGCAGUGUGCAUGGACUGAACUGAGAACACCGAAACCAAUGAUUGAACUUAAACACAAGUUAAAAAUCAUGGAGGGGGCUGCAAGCAGGUCAGAUUUGUAAAAGUAUUUUAAUUGCUUGUAGUUUUUGCGUUGACCAGCUCUUAAUGUCAUUGAAAUUAGUUUUUUUGUUCUUUUGUUUUUUUUGCAACAAACGUUUUUCCUCUUGUUGAUGGAAAGACGUGUGAAUGGCCCACACAAUAAACAGCACAACUGCAUAAUAUUUCUUAGGAAACACAAUUCUGAAAUGCUGUGCUGCCUCUUAUUACUGAAAUUAGAUCCGCUCAACGAUCAGUUUGUAAAGAUGCCCAGACCAGCUGAAUUGGUAAACUUGGCAAAAUUUGUGCUUUCUAAAACAGGGGCGCUCAAACACAUUACCGUAUUUCCCGGACUAUAAGUCGCUGUUUUUUCACUCGUCUGGCUGGUCCUGCGACUUAUCUUCCGAAGUGACUUGCACUGCACUGCAUUUCCACUAAGGCCACUACACGGCCCUGUUCAGUCUCGUGACUCAAUUUAAAAUACUGUAGCACCAUAUAAUUGCGACUUGCACACCGAAGCGACUUAUAUGGUGUUUUUCCUUGCAGCAACACGUUUUUUGCUGAGUGCGACUUAUACCCCGGUGCGACUUGUAGUCCGGGAAAUAUGGUACUCGGAGGUCCGCAUCUGAUCAUUUUUAUUCAAGACCAGACGUCCGGAACAAUUGGCGAUAACCUCACCUCAUUAGCUAAUUUACCGAGUUAGAAGAACCUGGAGCAGAUUUUCGUGUUUUAGGGGUGGCGACCGAAUGUUCCGCUAAGACCCCUCCUACUCUGCCUCUGAUUGGCUCUAACCCUGACGAAAAGUCAGGCUAAUCAUUAACGUCAUUUCCGGUAGCGCUGGUUUUCUCCCCUCUGCUCUGGAGGGACCGUAAACCAGGUGGAGUGGAGAUAGCGCUGUUCAAGCUGAGGACAACUACACUCUUACUGUAAGUGCGACAGAAGAUUUGUGCCACCCCCCAAAGCAAAUUGUCCCGUGUAGCGUUAAUGCAUGAACUCGGCGAUAACGACACACAACAUAGAAAAGGUUGCACUUAAUUACGUAUUGCACUGAUAACUCGACACGUGGGCUGGAUCCGGACUGACUUGCCGUUCGGCCCGGAUGCGGACCGAGGUACAAAAUGAAGCCCUGGUAUAAAAUGAACACGCUCAAGCACUUGUGCAGCACAGCAGUUCAGUAUACAGCUAAACCUACGUGUGCAUAGGCUAAACCUACGUGUGUUGCAAAAUAUUGGAGGAUGGUUCACUUUUCUUUUCUUUUUUAAAAUCUAGACUUCAUUCAGAUGUGAUCGGGCACCGUUCGGGAUCGUAAACACGCAAACUUCGCGGAUCACUGCAGUAUGAAAUCUUCCCACUGGGCUCCAACCAGGGGCGGAUCUACAGGGUGGCAAGGGGUGGCAGCUGCCACCUCUGGGACACAGUCUUGCCACCCCAUUUAUAAAUCAGAUAAUGUGUUUUUAAAGUAUAUUUUAUGUACAUGCAUGGUGAAGGUCAAUGAGACCCGCACCAAACUCAUCUCAAACAGAAGUCGCCGAUUUAGAAUCCCCCUCCCCCCUCACAGGCGCGGAUGGGACACAGUCUUGCAACCCCUUUGCCACCCCAGGAAAAAAUCUCUAGAUCCACUACUGGCUCCAACAUUUACGCCCUUAAACAAUGCCUCCUUUUAGAAAACGGGACUCUCAUCGUGCAGUCACAAGUCUUUUAAUGUGUACCUUGGCCAGAGUAGGCGCAAACAAUGCUCCCUAUCAAAACGUAAACGAUUAUUUUAUCUUGCUAUAGCUACACCAGUUCACUCUGGGCAGCACGAGGCUACAGCGCUGCUGGGCUGCAGGACUUCCUGUGCAGGAAGUGCAGGAAGUCCUGCAGCAGCCAUUUACGUCUACUGACGGUUGGAAUGUGCAUCAAAUGCAAGAAGUAGUACCAAGUUGGAUUUCGCCCCUAUUCAAAGCAUGUUCUGUGCAAACCUGAAAUAAACGAAGAUGCGUGUGUCUGUCGCCUUUUCAAAAAGGAGGUGUAACAUGGUUUCUGAAGGCUUAAAUUAUUGUCCCAUUAGUGCCCCCCAGUGGACAGUGUUGGAAGAAGAAGAUUCAACCAAGUGAUGGGUUUCUUAAUACUGCCUAUUUGUGAAGUUGGCCUUUACGCUUCUCAAGGAUGCCCGACCAUGUUCUCAUAGCACCAAGGUCCAAAAACCCGAACCUAUCCAUUAGAACUGUUGUUGUUGUUUUGUUUUUUUGCCCAUCUGACAGUCAAACAUUUUUCGAACUUCAAGAACACCUUUGCAUGACGCACUAGCAUCUGAACCUGAGAUGGAGUUAAAAAAGGGUGGAGAACGUACAACCGCAGAGGCGAGAGAUCAACCACCACCGACCGACAAGCGCGCUCGGACUCUCCGCCGAGUUCGGCGCCUCGCGCCCAGUAAGUCACCGGACGUGACGCGCCGGAAGGUGGCGUGAGUCACCGGAGGGACGGGUGUUGCGCGACACCCUUGCAGUUUCUCUUUUCUUUUCUUUUUGCAAGGAUAACAUUGGGUAACGAGUCGAGCUUUACAGUACUCCGAUAGCCUUACACACAUCCUUUCGAAGAUCUUGUCGACAGUCUCUUGUACACGGAAGCACAAAGCAGUUUAAUCUCAGACGGCCCUGCUGCUCCCUGGCGUUCCGACCCGCUCCGGUCGGUAGGAGGCCGUCCCGCGGGAGCGCGCGCCAGCCUGUCGCCAUGCCGACCACCAAACGUCCCGGGAACUAAACUGCGUCACAGAGUCUUUAUUCAGGAUUGUGCUUCAUGAUUGUAUUUCUCAGUUGUUUUAACAGUUGCGUAUAGUCGUGGGUCGACCGCUGAUAUAUAUUUUGAUCUCGAGAGGCGAGGCGGACUCGUCCCAGGAUGUAAAGGUCGCUGCAGCUCGGCAGGUUUAAUCCCCAGGUGCUCCGCGGUGACGCAGCAGCGACUCCGCCCUCCACAGAGCGAGCGAGCGAGCCGCCGCCACAGGGGGGCUCCACGUGUCCUCCAGGAACCACGUGUCCGUAGGAGCGCUCUGAACUCCGUGUGGACAAACUCCUCGACAGACGUUCCAAGGAAAGAAUUAGGAUAUAAUUUUUGUCUACAUGGCAGUGUUUGUAUUUUCGAUUUUGUACCUAUUUUGUCAGUAAAACCAAAACUUUGGCUUUAUAGUAUGACCGUGCUUUCACUGCAAUAAUGGAUAUUUGUAUUUACUAUUGGUUGCAUUAUUGUUGUUUUUGCAGACUUGCGGCGGAGUUGUGUUGAGUUUUUCUACCGUUUUUGUCCCUAAUUUCUGUAAUAAAGCGUUAGAAUGGAGAACGUGGCCUAAA